CACACCUUCCUUUGUUUCUAUUUAUUUCCAAAGGGAAAGAUGAUUGGCAAUUGCUCUUCAUAUCGUACCCAAAACCUCAUUCCAUCUCACCUCAAGAUUGAAGAUUUCGAUGUCAAUUACUUUUGAUGAUUCAUCGAGUAACUCUCAAAUUCACAAACUUUUGCUUAUGAUGAGAAGUUCAUACCUCAAUCUGCAUUUUACACAUUCCAAAUUCUCUCAUAUGUUCUUCAUCGAUGCUAUUUAGACGCACCGAUUGGUAACACUCUCUUCUCGUGCCAUAUAUGCAUAUAUGUAUAUUCAUAUAAAAAAAAGGUAAACCAAACACAUCCUUUUUUUGUAAGGAUGAUAUAAUAGAUGUAUAUCAAUGAACCAUAUGGUUUUAAUUAGAGGUGCACGAAAGAGACAAAAAUCUAUGCAAACCAAUUCGGUUUGAGAUCGAAUCUUCUAUUUAGUACUAGUUUGAAAUAUUAUACAUGUUUGUCAAACCGGUUUUCAAACCUUAGCAGAGACAAAUUUUUAUAUAGUAAGAAAAAUAUCAUUUCCAUCCAUUAUAGUUUUAAAUUGUUGCUGCUACAAGGUUUUUGAGGUUAUUGAAGACCGCUUUUGACCUUUAUAUGAUGUGAAACGCCCGAAAACACUUUUUAAAAAUUCAAAAAUAGAAAGAUAUCAACGAUCCCGAAUGACUAGAAAACAAUUUAAAUCAUGCCGGUUAUUAAUCAAUCAUGUAAACUUUUGUUAUCUUUCAAACUGAAACCAAAUCUUACAAAAAUGAUGAAAACAUAGGUUUUACCAGUUCUUUAUAAUCGAACUUUUUUGGCUCCAAACCGAAUUUCUCCAAACCGGUUUUGUUUAUUUAGAAAAAUCUGAACCGAUUUAGUUUAAAAUAUAAGAUUUAUGAGAAAAUUACUAAUCUAGCCAUUCUAUCUAAUGACUUUUCACUUUUUAGCAAAAAAUUAGAAAUUAACUUAUUUUAGCCACUGAAACCAUAUGUUUUUAGAGAUACCUAUGGUCAACGGUAGUUUGACUACUAUUUUCAUACUAAUGGGCUACUGUUUUGUAGCCCGUCUAUUUUUUCAAGGUCCAUCAACCCACAAUAUAUAAAGUUGUAAAUUUUCAUUUAGGUUAUUUUUUGUGUGUUUCAAGUGAGGAAAAACUCUGUCAAUGGAGACUCCUAACAACCAUCAUGCAUAUCUCUGAUUCUUCGAAUUUUUUUUCUUAUUUAGUACAAGAUCUACUACCGUGUGUUUGAUUUUAGUUGGAAAAAAACGAAAAAAAGGAAACCAGACUUCAUAAGAAACCUAUGGUGUACAAGCAGGUAAUGCACAGUUUGUGAAUUGACCGUAGAUUUCUUAUGAAACCUACUAUUCCUGAAUUUUUUAAUAGCUUUUACACUAUGAAAUAUAAUAGUAUUGUGUUAUUUUUUGUUUCAAAAAAACGAAAAAUAAAAAUAAAAAUAAAGGUAACCAUAGACUUCAUAUGAAAUAGUAAUCAACUAAAAAAAACACCAAACCGUAAUUUAGUUCUUAAAACUGUAGGGUUCCACUAAACUAUUCUUUGGGAAACCGUAGGUAGUUUACCUAAAGCAUAACGUAGGUACUUUUCGUGACAAAAAAUAAAAAAAAAGAAUUAUACAAAGCCCAGACACCGUAGGUUUCCACGAAAUAGUAGUUAUUUUUUUUAAAAACUACGUUUUUAUAUGAUUACUUUUAGCUAUUUGUAAUUUUUUUUUAAAAACUACGUUUUUAUAUGAUUACUUUUAGCUAUUUGUAAAAUUUUAGCUAUUAAGUGAAAAAUAAUCGUACGGAUAGAUUACUUAUUGUCUCAAGAUUUAUACACCUCUCAUUCCUAACUUUAAAGAAAUGAGAAAAGAUAGUUUGCUUAAUGAGCCCAAAGCAUAUUAUGAAGCCUAUUUAGGGUCUCAGCCCAUAAUAUAAGAUCCCACCGUCAACCCUAACGCCGUGAAUUUAAACGGAAUUCCCGCUCCCCACUUUUGCCGCACACUCGCUUCUCAUUGGUUCUCGUAAAAAGCAAUUAGCUUCGUGUAUCCCGAGCCUAAGUCGCACAUCCUCUCCUGAUUUCCGGCGCUGAAUCUACCUCAGAUCCGGUAACUGUUUAUCAAGACAUGGCCGAUAACGUCGCCGGUGAACACGAGAAGGAGGAUUCAUUCGUUGAAUCUGUCAAGGAUAAGAUCUCCGAGACGUUUCACAAAGACGAUUCUUCUUCGUCUUCGGAUUCCGACAAUGAAGGCAAGAAGAGUUCAUCUGUGUCCGAUGUAAAGGACAAGAUUUAUCGGCUCUUCGGGAGGGAGAAGCCUGUUCACAAGCUCUUAGGAGGCGGCAAACCUGCUGAUAUCUUCCUCUGGAAGGACAAGAAGGUUUCUGCUGCUCUAGCAGUCCUUUUCCUGUGGUCCAAUGCUGCAAGCUUCAUCAACAAGUCUCCACCAAAGUUCCCAGAAGUCAACCUCCCAGAAGAUAUUGUUCUUGGUGUCGCCUCUGCUCUCAGGGUUGAAAUCAACAAAGCUUUUGAAGUCCUCCGAUGCAUUGCUUCAGGAAAAGACCUCAAGAAAUUUCUUGGUGUGGUUGCUGGCUUGUGGGUUCUCUCAAUUGUUGGAAGCUGCUGGAACUUCUUGACAUUGUUCUACAUAUGCUUUGUUUUGCUGCACACAUUGCCUUAUCUUUAUGAUAAAUAUGAGGACAAAGUUGAUGCUUUUGGUGAGAAAGCAGAGGCUGAGAUUAAGAAGCAGUAUGCAGUUUUCAGUGUGAAGGUUUUGAGCAAGAUUCCAGUAGGAGCAUUGAAGCACAAGUUUGCAUGAUCUCUUUCUCAUCUCAGGUGACUACUACUAGAUGUGUCUUUCUCACUCGUUUGUUGUGACUUGUGAUAUUUUUAUAAACUAGAAGCUCAGUUUAUUUAUUUCAUUGGUUAUCUGAUACGUUUGGGGUGAAUCAAUGAUAUAAUUUAAACAAAAUUCAGUAAUAUGAUGUAAUGAAGUUUUAGACAUUUAAGUCCCCUUUACACUGUUGUUGGAGUUAUUUCAAGCAUAUGAAUGAAAGGGGAUAUAAUUUUGUAUUAGUCGAAUUUGCUUGUCAACUUAUGAAUGU